GUAAAUAAGUUGCAUCAUUCUAACAAUCGCGAACCAGACUUGAACAUGUGUUGAAAAGUAGCAAUCAAUUUGAAAGACCUGCUAAUGAACUGACAUUUUAUGAUAAGUGUACUUACUAUUUUCUGACUGACAACUAUUAUGCCUCAAUUCUUAGGAAUUGAUUAUUUUCAACAUGCACAAGAAAAACAGUCUGUGUUUUUUAGUAUCUCAUUAUUGCCUAUUCCUCACCAUCUUGAAGAAGUUAGUUUCUAUCCUCACAAAGGCAUACCUUUAACACAUGAGAUACGGGAACCAUGGAAAGAAGGCUUCCUACCUCUAGAAUUAUAUUCUGACAUGAAUAUUAAUGAAGACAUUCAGAGAAAUUUUAAUUUUUUAAGAAAUGAUACUUUAAAUAAUCACCUGGAACAAUUAAAUUUUACAGAACCUUCAAUAUAUGCUACUGAUAUAAUUUACAACUCCUGUAGUUCAACAAGUUCCAAUGAAAUCAUACGUAUUCCACAAGUAUCUCCUUUUGAUGUAUGUGAAACACCAGAUCUUGAAACGGAAGUUAUAAAAAACCAGUUUGAGAUAAAAGCAUCAGUUAACAAAGAAUACCAAUUGUACUUAGAAGAAGUGCUUUCCUGCACACCCUUCAAAGAAUAUCUUCUAAAUUUGCCUGGCAUCUCAACAUUUCUAAGCCAUUUGUGGAUGAUUCCAAUAGUGGAUCCAUUAUUACUACCUGAGGGAAUGGAAUUUUCAGAAGAGCAAUUUUUUGAUCUCAAAUGUAAUUUUGAAAUGUUCGUUUAUGAAGUAUCAGAAGAAGAAAUAAAAGAAACGUUCGAUUUCAUUUCCAGUGUUCGAGAAGACAAUUCUAAUUACUUGGAAAUGAUAAUGACUCCAGCGUUGCACUCUGAACAUACAGAACAAAAUGAAUCAAUAUUUGAUCAAGUAAAAGACUUAUUCCCAUUGAAAGCAGAAGAAAUAAACUUUGAGAAUGAUGUUAUAGAAAAUCUACUAAUAAAAGACUUUGAUACUUUUGAAAAAUUUUCAAAUUCACCCUGUACUGAAUCUCAGCCUAUGCAACUGUUUUAUCCAGAGAAAGAAGAACAUGUAGUUAAAACAUUAGAGGUUCCACUUAUACCUCAUGUUUCCAUGGAAAAAGAACAAGUUGAUUUCACUAAACUAAUUCAUUCCUUAAAUGCUGUUCCCAGUAAAAUCCAAGAAGCUCAAGAUUAUGCUAUUAGCCCAAGAAGUGUUGAGAAAAUUGUAAAGGUAAUCUGGCAAGAAGAAAAAUAUUGUUCUGAAAUGGCUAUCUUGCUACUUCCUGAACCAAUCCUGGAAUCUGCAAGCUUUAAACAGUGCCAUGUUGCAAAUGCAAUGAAAUCAAUGGAAAUUUUACCAGAAACCAUUACAAGUGAACUUGAACUAAUUUUAACAUGGGAUCCAUUUGAAAGAAUGAUAUAUGUAAAACCUCAUCAAAUAGAAUAUUUACAAGAUGAAGAAAAUCUUAUCUUGCAACAGGACUUGGACAUCAUAUCCCUUGAAAAAUACCAAUAUACUUGUGAUGAAAUGGAUUUUGUCCUGGAAGCAUCAGAACUUCAUAGACAAAAGUAUUUACCACCAAACUAUUUGAAAAAGACUCAAGUAUCUCCUAAAGUGAAUGUACAUAUUAGAGAUAAGUUUGGAAAAAAUCCCUUGGAAAAUUUCCUUCUGAUGAGAUCUAGAUCUAAAAACAUUGAAGAAGAAAAAAAAAAUGAAUCUUGUCCUACGGAAAAUAAAAUUAGAAAAACUAAAUUAAAUCAACAUUCAGUGAAGCAUUAUGAACUUAAAGAAGCCACUCUAUUUGUUCCAUUAACUGAUGAAUUUGAACAGUUGAUUAAAGAAAUGGCAACUGCUGCAAAACCAUUUAUGGCUGUUUUAAAUGCAUCAGGAAAUAUUUGUUUUGAAAAACCAUUCGAAGAACUUGAAGUAGAUAUGAUUGCAUUUUCACUGAAACAGAAACAAAUUGAAAACAAGAUGGAAAAAGAUGUCAAUAAUGAGCUUCAAGCAUUGACCGUAAUCUAUAUAUUAGUAUCAGCUUCUAAUGUUUUACUAAACUGCUCUCUUGAAUCAGCUAUAGUACAUCUUAAUGAACAGAUAGAAAUAUACAGAUGUGUAAAAGAAUCUUUGGACAAUCUCAGAAGUAAACUUUUUAAAGCUAAGAAAGAUUUUCUGCAACAGAAUAUAACUCAUCCUAAAAUUACUACAAUUUGCAAAGAAAUUGAAAAAUGUCAGCUUCAGGAUUUCUUACAGGGAAAGAUACUUAUCAUCAUUGAAAAAAACGUUGCUGGGCUGAUAUUAAUAAUUUUAGACCAAAUUAUAUAUGGUACAAAUAUGAAGGCUGAAAUUGCAACUCUUUCUUCUAAAGAGAACAAUUAUCAUAAAUUACUAAACACAAACAGUGAUAUCAUUAUUAUUGAACAGGAUUUGAUAUCACUUGACUUUCCCUGGCAUAUUUUUUCUUUAGUAAUUCAAUAUGAAUAUAACAAGAGUUCAAACACCUUUUUCAAAACAUGCCAGCUUCACAAUAUUACUUUCUUUUCUCUCCAAACAACUCAAAGUAAUGAAUUAAAGAAGACUAGUGCUUUUCCUGUUUUUUCAAGCAAGAAUCCAGGACUGAGCAAUACAACUAUCAAAAUUAUUGUUUCUGAAAGUCUUACAGUCAAUAAACUAUUAUUACAAUUAUUAGAAACAAGAUAUAAUAUUGUCACUAUUGGAAUGAUGUUUGAACGGAUUUUGCCAUCUAAAACGUUUCAAUUUGUUGAUAUCAUUAUUGAUGAAAAGACCUCUAUUGUAUGUUGUAAUACAUCUCAUCUAGAAGAAAAAGCAUUAUUGCUUUUAGUAUUCAGACUGAUGGGCAUCAGUUUGAAAUAUUCUUCAUGUUAUGUACUUGUCACAGUUUUAUCUUCUGAUACUACAGGAAACUUAAAUUCAGCUAUCAAGAAUAUUUCCAAACUCGUUGCUACCCUGACCAAUUUCAACGUCAGUGGAGAAUGUACGUUUAAGGUCUUAAUUUCAAACAGUAUUGAACACACAGCAGUACUUAUUCGAAAAAUUUGUGAACUUUGUCUGAUGAGAUCAACAAAAUCUCAGAAAGAAUGGCUUAAUCGUGAUUGGCUAAAGGAGGAUAUUUCAGAGCCAGAAAAGCAUCUUCUUUGUUGGCCAUGUAUUAACCUCUUCAAUGCUCAGUUACUUUUCAAGUCAUGUCCACUCAAAGAGCUUGUGAAAAUGUCUUCUGAAGACUUUCAAGUUAAAUUCCCUUACAUAUCUCCAAAUAUUUUUCAUAUGUUUCAUAAUAUUGCAAAUGAAGACAACAGCUUAAAAUUAUCAAAUAACUAUAACCAACAAACAAGCCAAAAGGAGUCAUUAACACCUGAUUUUAAUGACAUAAAAUUAGAAUGUGACAUCAUUUCUAUUGAAGAUAGUCCCGAGAUUCUCCAAUCUAAGCCUUUGCUGCAUCUUUGGUCACCAAAUCAAGAACAAAAAGAAGAUACUCAAUAUAUAGACACACCUGGCUCUUUGAUGACAUUUCCUCUAAAGGAAGAACCAAAUGAAGAGCCGUAUUAUUUUGGAAGCUGUAGCAACUUUUUACAAAAACCCAAUGAGGAUUUAAACAAGAGUUUAUUACCUGAACUGAUGAUAAUGGAUAACAGAUCUUUUGAAAUAAAUUGGAAGGAUAAUAUAAAAAAUAUAUGGAUGGGAUCAGUUUCUAAUCCUUGUACAUCUGUUGAUAAAAUGACAGGAAAAAAUAAUGAUUUGACCAACAACUAUUUGAAUAACCAGAACAAAAUGAGAUAUGGAAAUAAAAAAUUAUUCAGAUCUCCUGAACUACCUUCAAGAACUGAAUAUUUAACUCAUCACUACAACAGUCAACAAAAUAAUGACUCUAUCCAUGUGCGUAAUCCUAACAGCCAUUAUAAAGAUUUACAUUUUAUUGAGGAAAGCAAUGAUAGUAAAGAAACUAAUGAUGAUAUUUGGGGAUUUUCAUCAAAUAAAAGGUCUCGAGAUUCUGAAAUUAAUGAACUUUUGAGUAAAGCUAAAAGACAAAAGGAAAUUUUAUCUGAAAAACAGAAAUAUGGUUGGAAAUACUCAAAGCCAUGGUCUUUUUCUCCUCCUCCUCCUCUUCAUUCUCAACUGAAAAGCUCUCCAACUAGUAUGCUUAAUAUGAAUAAUAAAGAAUUAAAUCUUUUACUUGAUGUUCAAUCAGAUUUGAAACCACCCAUGAUUCCAAAACAAAAGCAAAUAUGGCUUAAAAAAGAAAGACUAGUUGACAGUAUUUUUCUCAAACCAAACAGUUUUGCUCAUCAAAAUACACAAGAAACUGCUCCCACUCCUUCAAAUGAUUCUUCAAACCAAUACUAUGAGUUAAUGAUGCAAAACAUGUUUCAGAAGUCUAAUCCUGCUAAUAUAGUUCAUCCUAAGCCAAAACUUACGCCUGUAUUACACACUGAAGAGAGACAUUCAUCUGAAAAUCUUGACUCUAAUCAAAACAGUUUUCACCAGCCAUUUUAUCAAGAAGUUCAGAUAGAUUCAGGUCUUGAAAAUGUCCACUCAUUGACUACAAAUAAUAGCAGGUGUUUUGAAUUCCCUAAUAAUGUUUCUUGUAAACCUUAUCAAUUUGAUGAAGUCAAAUCUUUAAAGCAAAGAGUGAAAUAUGUCACUAAUGAUUUUACUCAACGUUUGAGGUAUAUUCCCCAAAAGGAUGAAGUACAGCAGGAAUUACCAAGAGAUUCAAAUAUUCAGCGAAAAUCUCCCUAUUUCAAAGACUAUGAAAAACAACCUAGAAAUAUACAAUUCUGGAAAACUGGUGCCAAUAUUCAAUGCAACACUCAAAUAGGUACUGCAGCUCAUGAAGGGUGUUCUACAGCCAAAAUAUACAAAUUGACAUACAAAAGAAGUCCAAAGGAUAAAGGAGGUCAAACAACACUGUCCUUUGAUUAUUGGACUCAGAGAAUGCUGAGGGUUCUGAUUUGUGAGUUUUAGUCAAUCAUUUAGACCUAGUACUAAUUUUAAACAACUACUUAUUUUACCAAUUUAUAGAUAUGAAAUGAUUAAACCUUUUUGACACAAUGUCUUUCUUUAAAUAUAUUUGCAGAAAUUUGAAAAUAUUUACUAUCUUAAAAGUUCUGUCACUAAAUAUUUGGUAUAGAUGUUUUACUUGUACUCAAAUCCAAGAUUUGUUUUGAAAGGGAAUAAUAAAUAUGCAAACAACAAACUUACAAAGUCUUUCACUUUCCGUCAGUUCCACCCUUAGGGUUGAUCCAUCACCUGAGGCUGAAUGAGCAGUUUGUUCUCUUUUACA